AUGAUCUGGAAGAAUCGAUUGACAACAAUAUGGCUUCUACAAACUGUCUUUAUAGCCCUUUUACAAGCUAAAAUCCAGCCGCCUCCCGUCGAAUUCGCGUCAAUGUGUCGAUCAUUACCGCGAGCGUCUUUUCUGCAAGCGCAACAUGUAGACCUUGUUUGUGACCACUUCGCCCAUUGGCACCAUGAUCGGGAUCACAGUUUGAUGACGGGGAAAGCGGCCAUUGAUGAGGCCACUUACAAGCAGAAGGAAUAUUUGAAGGAUUUGGAGAGUUGCACGAGGUCGGAUUGCUCCAAAAACGCCCGAAAGAAGCGAGCCACCGGUAAAAAUAUUCGAAAAGAGAUCCGAAUGAUGAGUCCUGAGGAGAGGAGCCGGUUGUUUGAAGCCAUGGGAAAGCUGAAGAGCCGAAUGGUGGACAAUAUCACUGCGUGGGAUCUUCACACCCUCGUUCACUACCCGGAUUCUGCACCAGGCGCCCACUGGGGCCCGGCCUUCCUCCCGUGGCAUCGUGAAUUCCUCCGUCAAUUCGAGGUGGCCCUCCAGAGAGAAGUACCUGGAGUAGCAAUGGCAUAUUGGGAUUCAACCCUCGAUCAAGGACUACCAGAUCCAGCCGAUAGUGUUUUGUGGACGGAAAUGUUGUUGGGCAAUGGAAAUGGUUACGUGAAAACGGGCCCUUUCAAAGAAUGGGACACCAACGUUCUGAUGCCACUCAGCCAGGUGCCCGUCAAGAAGCUUUAUCGAAUGACGGGCGGCCGUGCCCAGGAUCGACUAAUGUCCCCAAAAGAUGUCGACUGGAUUCUGUCGCGGAAGAAGUUUGAAAAUCUCGUUUUCUGCCAUGAUUCGACUUUUGAAAGUAUCCACGGCCUCUCGCAUGCGUGGGUUGGCGGAUUUAUGUUUGUUAUCAGGGUGUCUCCAAACGACCCGGCAUUCUACAUGCACCACGCAUUCAUCGACAAUUUAUGGGAACAAUUCCGACAUCGAAGGCAGAAUAGAUGGCAGAGGGAAAAUGAUUGGAGUCAUAACCCGUGCAGCAAGAAUCAAGAAGCCUACGGGCAGAUGAAGCCUUUUUCGAUCAAGAAUCGCGAUGGACUCUCCAAUAAUUAUACCGAUUUAUGGUACGAAUACGAGCCGGUGGUGCACUGCAGUGAAUCGCGCGAAUAUUGUGACGGGCCGUAUUUGUGGUGUGAUAAGGGCAGCUGGCGUUGCCGAUCAAAAAUCGUGAAAGGCGGGAAUUGCACGGGGUUCGAGGAGACGUCUAUUUGUUAUCAAUCUGUCUGCCAGAGGGGCGUCUGCCAGCCGUAUCCGGAUUCAGCGCCUCGUCGCGAAGAUUUGGAGCAGAAUAUCAUCCUGCCAAAAUUGGAUACAUUAUCCCUGCCAGGGCCUUGGGUGCCCCCAUUGGCACGAAAUAGAAGGCCUGGAGAGACAGUAUGGGCAAAGACUGUAUUCCUCGACACAAAUGCACAUCCGCUGAAGGAUACCAUGGCCACCGUCUCGGUUGUCGAUGAAGCGGUGGGGGACAACUACACGAGCUAUAUAGAAAUGUUGACAUCGUUCCCUGAGAUUCCGGGUACCCUGUACAUGCCGCUCCUCAAGCCCCAUCCGGGUGUUGUCCAUCGUCUAGCCCUCGUGGCAAGGGAUGGAUACGGUAGAUUGUGCCAAGCGCAUUGCUACAACGAAACGAUUGAGAGAUAUCAGGUUUGCGAUCCCAGGAUCUCUUUGGCGAUGCGUGGCGAUGAAUCAGCCCCUCUAUCCUAUACACACUCCAAACAGAAUCGACGAUACUUGGAUACAGAUCUGUCCGUCCAUCCAAUGCAAAUACGACCCACUCUACCAUUUAUGAUGUUUGCGUGCACCAGAAAGGUGUUAACAUCAGCGCAAUUGGGAGCAGUCGGAGAAGAACUUCACCCCACGGCCCCCACCUCUCCAAUGAUAUGGUUUCGGGUGGCCAUUCACAGGAGCGAGAGGAGGAAUUUGGAGGUGGAAGUCCAGCAAUUAGAUGAAUGGCGGGAACCAUGGUUUUCUACCGUAGCCCAGGCGGCCAGCCCAUUCGAUCCGACCAUCAUUUUUGCUCAGGCCCCCAAUCCGUCGCAUUCCUCCUCGGGCAGUGUCCGGCUGAUGGUGAAUCUUUUCGAAGACAACGAGAGAAUACAAUGUCCGGCCAAGUGUACACUGGAUGAUGGAUCUCUGAUUGAUUGUGAUGGACAGCUCGAAUUAUCGAUUGAUCCGAAUCGUGGGGAUGAACCGGUGUGGACCGGCGAUGCAGAUGCGCUUCCGGUGCUUGGCUGGGAUAUGCGUGGCCAUCCGACUAGAUGGCGCCAUCGAAUGCCAUAUCUAACGUAUUACUGC